AUAAGCACUGCAGAGUCUCGAUAGCGCACUAGUACUAUACGCAGAUUGAGUGCGUGUGUGACUUCCCUCGUUGGAGAAAUGUCGUCGGCACUCGUGGCCGCUAAAUAAACGACGAAACAUGUCCGGACCGAUAGUCAGUCGUGCGCAGACACUCGGCGGUGAUGUUCAAAUUGGUAUAACGGUAGGCUGUGUUAUCUGUAACAGAACUGACAAGCUCCUAAGGUGUUCACGGUGCAAGGCCGUAUUUUAUUGCACCAAAGAACACCAGAGGCGGGAUUGGAAACGUCACAAAGAAUUUUGUGCGACUCAUUCUGUGGAAUCGAUCGUAUCAAAUACCGUUUCGGCUACUAGUCAAAAUUCCACUUUGAAAUCCGCUAAAAAGGAAUCCUCCUUAAGAAACUGCCAGAAUUUAACUACACCAGUGGUUUCUAACCUAAGCGAGAAGUCGGUGUUAGAAAGAACGCGAGGUUUGAACGCUGCUCCAGAAGUGCAUAAUAACGGGAAACAUCUUGGCGGAACCAACAAACAGAUAGAAAAGAUAAAAGGACAAUCAAAUCAUAAGGAUAGUCGAAAUUCCAAGAGGAAAUCCAAUAACACUAAGACAAAAGGUACUUGUACUAACAGAGUGGAUGGAUGGACUUCUCCCAUAACAUAUGAAGGAAGUUCUGAAGACACGAUUUUGGGUGCCAGAACAGAAUUAUUGAAUCCUGCUCUAGAAGGUUCAAGAAUCCUAGAUAACCUACAGGACCAUGAAUUAGAUAUGCCUACACAACAUCAUAACGGUAUGAAGAACUUUCCAGAGGUUCGUUUAACUCGUGAAGAAGAACUUUUACCACCUUUCCUCCAUAAAAAUAAAAAUAAUCUUGAAGAAUUAAUAGAUGAUAUAAGCAGAAAUGUGAUUAGAGACAUGGAUGAAUAUGGUAUGUGUGUGGUAGACAAUUUUCUAGGAACCGAAAAAGGUCUUGCAGUGUUAAACGAAGUUUUAAAUAUGUACAGUGCUGGGUUAUUUAAGGAUGGACAAUUGGUUUCUAAUAAAGCAGGUGCAAAUGACUUAAAGACAAUUCGUGGUGAUCAAAUAACGUGGCUUGACGGAAAAGAAAAACAAUGUCAAAACAUUGGAAUGCUCAUAUCUCAAGUUGAUGCUGUCAUUAUGAGGGCAAAUAAAAUGUGCAACAAUGGGAAAAUGGGAAAUUACACGAUUAAUGGAAGAACGAAGGCGAUGGUGGCUUGUUAUCCUGGUCACGGUUCGCAUUACGUGAAACAUGUGGAUAACCCCAAUCGAGAUGGAAGAUGUAUCACAGCUAUAUACUAUCUUAACCGAGAUUGGGAUAUCAAGGAAAACGGCGGCCUUUUGAGGAUAUUCCCAGAAGGCUGGCGUGAUCAAGUGGCGGAUAUUGAACCUCUCUUCGACAGAAUAUUGUUCUUCUGGUCUGAUAGGAGAAAUCCGCACGAAGUUCAGCCAGCUUACAAAACCAGAUAUGCAAUCACUCUAUGGUACUUCGACGCGGAAGAAAGGAAUCAAGCUUGCCGUAGAUAUCAAAGAGAAAGAGAAUUGCAUGCGAAGAAAGAGAGUUCGUGAGACAUGGAGUCUGAAGGACCGUUACACCGUCCGUCGACUGAAAUUGUAACUCUACUAGUUGAACUUAUGCAUCUGUACAUAGUUACACGAAG